CUGGUCCACAACCUGGUCCACCUCCUGGUCCACAACCUGGUCCAAGUUAACAUUUACCUUGUAUAAGAACAAGGAGAGAUGCAUUGUGCCAGGUUGUAGCACAAGUGCUAUUUUCCGCCCGUAGUCCCUUAACAGGUCAUUAACACAAUAAAAAUUCCAUGCAAGUGAAAUUACAAAACAUUAAAAUUUACAAAUUUACAACCACAGUCACACAAUUAAAAACUAUGAUGUGCUCAAUUGUUCCCCCAUCCUAAAACCAACCACCCCACACCAACAAAGCUAUGCAAUCAAAAGCCUUACCUCUCCCAAUACACACACACACACACACACACACCUCAUAGAUGUGUACAAUGUUGUUGUGACAGUAACCAUGCUUUUAUCAAACUCGAAAAGGUUUGAAUCUAGGUUUAGGACGUCUGUAGUCACCACUUCUGGGAUCAUUUAAUCAUUUAAAGUAUCCAAUCAUAACAAGAGUUAUCUCGGGACACUUUACAGAUAGAGUAGGUCUAGACCAGUGUCUCUCAAAUGGGGGUAGGCCUACUUGUACGCCUUGGGGUACUCUGGAGGACUGCAGGGGGUACGUGAGCCAUUUAACAAAAUGUUAAAUAGUUACAAGGCUGUUGUCCAGGACAUUGUUCCUCUUUAUGUAGACUUUUUUUUGUUGUGUUCUGUGAUUUAAUCUCUCUGGCGACGCAUUUUAUUUAUUUCAAUCAAGAUGAAUAUUUAACUGUUUACUUUUUCAGUCUAGGGGCUAUUAUGGAGAGUCUAGGGGCUAUUAUGGAGAGUCUAGGGGCUAUUAUGGAGAGUCUAGGGGCUAUUAUGGAGAGUCUAGGGGCUAUUAUGGAUAGUCUAGGGGUUAUUAUGGAGAGUCUAGGGGCUAUUAUGGAGAGUCUAGAGGCUAUUAUGGAGAGUCUAGGGGUUAUUAGGGAGAGUCUAGAGGCUAUUAUGGAGAGUCUAGGGGCUAUUAUGGAGAGUCUAGAGGCUAUUAGGGAGAGUCUAGAGGCUAUUAUGGAGAGUCUAGGGGUAAUUAUGGAGAAUCUAGAGGCUAUUAUGGAGAGUCUAGAGGCUAUUAUGGAGAGUCUAGAGGUAAUUAUGGAGAGUCUAGGGGUUAUUAUGGAGAGUCUAGAGGUAAUUAUGGAGAGUCUAGAGGUUAUUAUGGAGAGUCUAGGGGUUAUUAUGGAGAGUCUAGAGGUAAUUAUGGAGAGUCUAGAGGUUAUUAUGGAGAGUCUAGAGGUAAUUAUGGAGAGUCUAGAGGUUAUUAUGGAGAGUCUAGAGGUUAUUAUGGAGAGUCUAGGGGUUAUUAUGGAGAGUUUAGGGGCUAUUAGGGAGAGUCUAGAGGCUAUUAGGGAGAGUCUAGAGGCUAUUAGGGAGAGUCUAGAGGUUAUUAGGGAGAGUCUAGAGGUAAUUAGGGAGAGUCUAGGGGUUAUUAGGGAGAGUCUAGGGGUAAUUAGGGAGAGUCUAGAGGUUAUUAGGGAGAGUCUAGGGGUAAUUAGGGAGAGUCUAGAGGUUAUUAGGGAGAGUCUAGAGGUAAUUAGGGAGAGUCUAGAGGUAAUUAGGGAGAGUCUAGAGGUUAUUAGGGAGAGUCUAGGGGUUAUUAGGGAGAGUCUAGGGGUAAUUAGGGAGAGUCUAGAGGUAAUUAGGGAGAGUCUAGAGGUUAUUAGGGAGAGUCUAGGGGUAAUUAGGGAGAGUCUAGAGGUAAUUAGGGAGAGUCUAGAGGUAAUUAGGGAGAGUCUAGAGGUUAUUAGGGAGAGUCUAGGGGUAAUUAGGGAGAGUCUAGAGGUAAUUAGGGAGAGUCUAGAGGCUAUUAGGGAGAGUCUAGGGGUAAUUAGGGAGAGUCUAGAGGUUAUUAGGGAGAGUCUAGGGGUAAUUAGGGAGAGUCUAGGGGUAAUUAGGGAGAGUCUAGAGGCUAUUAGGGAGAGUCUAGAGGUAAUUAGGGAGAGUCUAGAGGUAAUUAGGGAGAGUCUAGAGGCUAUUAGGGAGAGUCUAGGGGUAAUUAGGGAGAGUCUAGAGGUAAUUAGGGAGAGUCUAGGGGUAAUUAAGGAAGGUUUAGGGGUUGCUGAGUGGCCUGAGUUUGAUACUUUUUAGUCACUGACUGAAUUGCCUCGAUAACAUUGAAUAUCAAAAUAUGUCUAGAGGGUCCAGAUGUUGCCGAGGAAGCUUUCUGUCAUAUAAACACAACGACCACAGGGGACGAGCUGUAGUAACGUACAGGUCAUCAGCACUUCUGUCUCGUAUCAGUCGUACGCCCUGUCCUGUCUGACUUCUCUCUGUGUGGACGUGUUGUUGUAAAUGAUACGCGUACACAUAUCCCUUGUGUUGUCUUCCCGUCAACUUUGAAAAAGUUAAAAAAAAAAGCUUUUUUUUUUCACAAUUUGUUUUCGCAUUUUUCCAACGUUUUUAAAUUGUUACGUUUUUCUUCUACACAUCGUCAGCGCUAAUUUCUACGUACCAUUUUUUGUUUCUGAUAUGAAACAAAAUAUUUGAAAACGGGUCAAUUUGACACAAGUCAGGGUUAAACCUUGUGUCGACUUCGGGUCAAAUCGAUUUAGAAAUCAAGAUUCAAGAUUCAAGAUUAACUUUAUUGUCCCAUAACGUUGGGGGGAAAUUUGUCUUGGGCACUCAACCCCCCCCCCGCUGCAGCCACAGUAGAAACAAAUACACACAGACAGCAAGUACAAACACCAGAUACUGUACAGUACUACACCGCUGAUUGUGUAUAAAAGGAGGCCUCAGGGAACACCUUGAACGUGGUGAUGUCUCAGUUAGUCUGGUUCUCCUCUGGAGGAACAGCGCCCUCUGCAGGUCUGAAGACUGAAUGUUCACCAACAGUCCUGAUUUACAUUAGACCAACACACUGUUAUAAUGUGUAUAGUGUGUUGUGAUGUGUUGAUGUGAUGUGUGUGU